UUGCACGUGUUCUUGCCAAGCCCAUUCCCAGCCUCGUCUGUGAUGGGAGCUGACUAUCAUAAUCUUAACUACGUCUUUGGUCAUAACUUGAGUGUGAUUUCAUCUGAGGCACUCGACAUCAAACCAGGAUUGCUUGCUAGCUCCGCAUACAGUUCUAAAGGCUCGGCAUGGGCAGUCCGCAGCUUCAUGCACGACUACACUCGAUUUACCGACUACGCCACAUCAGUGUUUUUCCACCUUGCAGAGGAGACCUAUCAACGUCUCAUUGUUUGCCAGUGUGUGGUUCCACAUGGUUUGAACAUCACAGCGAAGUGUGUGAAAUGCGAUCAAGCUACAUGCUUGGAUGCGGUGAACGAGCAAGAAAGAUUAGAACUGGACAUCAAUCAGAAUGCAUCUAGAAUGGCAGAGGAGCAGUACUUGGAAACUACAGGUUGUUCUGAUCUGCAAGACGAAAGGAAACGUCUGCCUGGUACCUGCACUAUUGGCUCGGCCAGUGUUCUGUUACUCGUCAACAUUGAAGACGGCAAUAAGCCAGCCUUGCACUGGCUUCCCGAGUUUGCAGCUGCGCUUGAUGAUCACCUUAUCCGGAAUGGCGUUGGUCAGGCCGGUACAUUAGCCUGGUCCAGAAGAAAUCUCUACACUGUGGUCGGUUUUCACAACGAAGGAUACUCUACUGUGACGGCUGAAUCUGCUGGAGGGCAGUUGGCGGUGCCUGCUGAGUAUGUGGCUGAGGCCGUAGGUUCACUGCCACUUUCAGGACAAAACAUUACUCUAAUUGACAGGGUUUCUUCCCUGUCCGGCAAGUUAAGGGAUACCGGGUUUUCCGUGAUUGUCGCCAUUUGGCAUCAAGAAGUACCAAAGAUCGUUGCUCAAAUCAUGGCCCAACAACUCACAGCACCAUGCGCGAGCCCUUCUCUUCAUGUACUGUUCCCUAUAGUCACUGAAGCGAAAACCAAAUAUGUACUGUACGAGGGGCCAAACUUUUACUACCAGGCUUUCCCCGACGAUCUUUCUGCUUUUGCCCACCUUGCCUUACAAGUUGAUCUAUCAGUGAAAGAUUCGUCGCAAGUGUUCAAUGGGAGCAUCUGGUCAUCGGCAGAUGCUCUAUGUGUCGAGCAGAACAUCGCUUGGCUUACCGAGAAUCUUGCAAAGGCCAUUGCCGAAUCCAGUGUGGCAUUUACAAGGGCCCGUUUGCUUUACCACGAGUGCAUCUAUCGUGAUGGUCUACCUACCUGUCAAGACGUCCUGGUGGAUGUUGACGUUCAUACAUGGUGUGUAAAGCCUGAUGUUGAUGAUAUGUCAGAACAGAUGGCGAAUGCCACGUCAAAUGCGACGCCUAAUGCCACGUCUGAUGGCACAUCAAAUACCACGUCAAAUGCCACGCCUGAUGCAAUGCAUGGUGCAAUGCCUGUUGCUACACCGGGUGUCAUUGCGGGCACAGCGAGAGAAGAUAACGCCACUAGCCCAGGUGGCAUGUCACAGGUUAUGAAAGCCGUGCUGAUCUUGCUUGGGUGUUCGGUCCUAUUGGCCUUCUUCAUAGGCCUGUUUAUAUGGCAUAGGCGAGCUCACCGUGAUUCAGCCACAGGUGUGCCGUUGUCGAAAGCUAUGGCCGAACACACACGGGCUCCCAAAAUUCAGGAUAUCAUGCACCAUGCCACGUCAAUGCUGACUGCGCCAACAAGUUCCGAUGUCAAGGUUCUGCCAGUUUCGUUGCUCCGUUUUGUUAGUCCAAUCGGCAAGGGUCAGUUCGGAGAAGUGUUUCUUGGCCAGAUGAUGGUGGUAGAGAAAGAGCAAGACAGACAGCAGACGGUAGCAAUCAAGACACUCAGAUCAAGUAUUGCUGACGACACGGCCAACACUGCACUGAUUGAAGAGUAUCUACUGCAGUGCAGCAUUGGCAAACAUUCCAACGUUGUCGACAUUAUCACGGGAGGGCUUUACAAUGGUCGUGCAUGCCUCGUGAUGGAGUAUAUGCCUGAAGGUGAUCUACAUUCGUACCUGGUGAAACUCAGAAAACGCGUGCCAGAAGCUCGGAGCGUCAAUAGCUUUCUCGUGCCCACGGAUCGAUUGGACAUCUGUCGACAGGUGGCAGUGGGGAUGGAAUUCCUCUCUUCGAAACAGAUUGUUCAUCGUGAUCUGGCGGCAAGGAAUGUUUUGGUACGUGAGCACGAUUCCGGACUGAAGGGGCGAAGGCUGGAGCUCAAGAUCAGUGACCUGGGUCUGUCUCGGCGUGCCGCACAAGGCGGAAAAUACACAGCGCAAACGACCAGAAUGCUGCCAAUGAAGUGGAUGGCAAUAGAGAGCAUCAACGAUGGCUGCUUUUCGUCGAAAAGUGAUGUAUGGUCGUUUGGUGUGCUCAUGUGGGAGGUAGAGACCUGUGGUGAUAUCCCUUAUCAUCAGACACCGAAUGCUCUCCUUCCGCAGUUGAUCACAAGAGGACAUCGUCUAGAGCGUCCCACUGACUGUCCAGAAAAUAUCUACUCGCUGAUGAUGAAAUGCUGGAGCACAGACCCUGAGCAGAGACCGAAGUUUUCACAUAUCAAGUACAGCCUGGGACGGGAUCUAGAGACUUCACUGGAUUAUAUGCAGGUGGAAGACAUCAAGCCUGAAGAACACAGCAGCACGGCACUGCGGAGAACAGCCCUGCCCUUCAGUCCUCACCAUCAAGCUGCGCUGCAUACACCAAGAGAUGCUGCUCAGAUCUCCGUGACAACUGAGGCAUACGACGUACCUCAGUCAGCUGGAGUGAAUUCAGUGUUUUUUGGUCGCGAUUCGCCUGCAAGACUGUCUCAAGGAAGCCUUGAAUUGACCUGCUCACCUCGUCGAACCACUGCAGAUUUGGCAUCAGAGCGCUAUGUUCUGCGGGCGGUGAGUCAUUCAGAACAUCCAAGUUCACCGCCGGCUAAGUCAGCCCAAAGCAAUUUAGGCGAUGACUUACAAAGGCAGAAGAGACCAGAUACAACUGGCUAGGUCACGGUUGUAACGCUGAGUUUCAAUGGCUUACGUUGCCAUGUUUUGAUGUAAAUAUCGAGCCUGCAUUCUUGACCAGCCAAGCCAAUCACAUCAACCACCGUUUAAAUAAUAUAAUCAAUAUAAAUAUAUAAUCUCAUGGCGUAUAAUUUCACACAAAAAAGAGAACAAAAUGAAAUGAUUAUCUUCUAUGUCAUAGGGGCGUUAGUUAGCACUAUCGAUCCAUGCUCAAGCUCAGCAUUCUGCAAUUGAAAGCCAAGGUGCUCACUUUUCUUUUUUUGUGCUAACUUCUUCACGUCUGAUGGUUCAAGAUCUGCUAUAAUUGGUCGAGUCUAGCACAUAACCUGUGUUUCACAUGUUUGCUCGAGUGUACUAGAUACAUGUAAGUGUGUCACGCCGCAGGCUGGUGCUGCAUAACACGAUGCCUGCACUCGUAUUCGACCCACUUCUGUGUCUUGCUUUUUAAAAGUUUUGAGCACCAUGGAUGGACUGCAAUUUUUAUAGCGUAAACCUUUUCAGAAGUCAUCAAAAUUUACAUGAAUCCCUUUGCAGCAUUAGAGUCAUCUUUCACUGUAAAACACUGUUUUGAUGCCGGACCGAGAUUUGUGAACAGCACUCCGGGAUUCCCGUUAAUUCUGGUUGCAACAUCAGUUAUUCUGUAUAAGAUCUAGUAUUCAAUGCAUUAUGAUACAUUUCCCAAUGUUUUCUCUGAUGUCCAAAAUUGUCUUUGUCAGGCCUCUGCUCUUUGCGAAGAGUCCAAAGACUUCAAAA